AUGCCCAUUGCUGCUCCACGAAUCAUCAAGUUCCACACUGGUAGAUCUUCUGAUAUCUAUUCCUGCCCAGUGGCUUCAGUUCCUACAGAUGUACUGCAGUACUGGAAGAGCUUGUAUCUGGACAAGCAGUUCAGGAUGAACAUGAACUGCAAAAAUAAAGGAAGAGACCCUCCUAUCAAGAAUCAACUAGGAGCUCAAGAAUUUGCAAAAAGGUUGUUGAAUCUGUUUGGGGUGAGAAUAACAACUACAGCCAGAUUCUCCCAGUGA